UCCUAUUUAAAUGUUUUCUCCUCUUUUAUUCUCUAUACAUUAGUUCCACAUUUUGUGUUAGAGCAGGAAAGACUUUUAUUCUGGUGUUGUUUGCCUAUCAAUAUGGUGGUAGAAAACUCAAACCAAUUAAAGGAAUCCAGUGAUUUCACUUAUGAUAGAGAAGCCGAAGUUAAAGCUUUUGAUGAUUCAAAAGUUGGUGUCAAAGGUUUGGUGGAUUCUGGGGUGUCAAAGAUUCCACGCAUGUUCUACACUAGGAAGUUGGAAAUCUCUGAAAGCACAGCUAGUGACUCCAAGUUGAGUAUUCCUAUCGUAGACCUCAAAGAUAUACACAUCAAUCCAGCUCAGCGUGUAGAGGUAAUUGACCAAAUUCGAAGUGCAUGCCAUGAGUGGGGAUUUUUUCAGGUGAUUAAUCAUGAAAUUCCUAUUAUUGUCUUGGAUGAAAUGAUUGAUGGAAUCUGUAGGUUUCAUGAACAAGAUGCCGAUGUAAGAAAAGAGUUUUAUACACGGGAUUUAAAGAAAAAAGUUUCGUAUUACUCUAAUGUACGCUUGUUUAAUGGACAAGGUGCUAAUUGGAGAGAUACAUUUGGUUUUGCUAUUGCUCCUGAUCCAUUCAAUCCAGAUGAAGUGCCACAAAUAUGCAGAGAUAUUGUGAUUGAAUAUUCACAAAAAAUAAAGAAUUUGGGUUUCACAAUCUUUGAGUUAUUGUCAGAGGCACUAGGACUUAACCCUUCUUACCUAAAAGAGUUUGGUUGUGCUGAAGGACUCUUUACUUUGGGUCACUUCUAUCCAACAUGUCCCGAACCUGAAUUAACUAUGGGCUCGACCGCGCAUACUGAUAGUACCUUCAUGACAUUACUUCUACAAGACCAACUUGGUGGUCUUCAAGUUCUUCAUGAAGAUAAAUGGGUCAACGUUCCUCCGGUACAUGGAGCUCUUGUUGUAAACAUAGGAGAUCUUCUACAACUUAUCUCAAAUGACAAGUUUGUAAGUGUUUUACACCGAGUCUUAUCACAAAACAUUGGUCCAAGAAUUUCUGUAGCAAGCUUCUUUCUGAAUUCUCGUGACCCAAUUGAAGGAACAUCAAAGAUUUAUGGUCCUAUUAAGGAGCUGAUUUCAGAAGAAAACCCGGCAAUCUACAAAGAUAUUACCAUAAAAGAUUUCUUGGCACAUUUUCAUACAGAAGGCCGUAAUGUGAAAUUUUUGUUGGAGCCCUUCAAGUUGUGAAUUCAACAUGUGAAUAUACUUUAUAUAUAUAUAUAUAUAUAAAACAAGCAAUAAGUGUGCUCUAUAUGUAUAAAGUUUGAGACUGAAGUAAAUGAAUUAUCUAUGCUUGUUGCAUUUUCAAAAAGUACUUGGAAUGAACUACAAAUUUAUAAACAUGAA